UUAUAUGUUAAGUUUUUAUUCUGUGUCCCCGGCUUCCUGUUUGCAGAGGAUCGUGGUGUUGAGUUGUGUGUAUGCAAAACUACAUUUGAUUCUAAUGUAACUGUCCUGUGCUUGACUCAGGCUUAAAAUAGGUUUUGUUUUGGUGGAAAAGAGCUGGUCUCAUCAUUUCCUACAGAAAUUAAGUGCGCUUUGUCAUAACGUGUCAUAUCUUGGCAAUUUAUUAACUUUACAAAUUAAAUACUUUAGGACUUUAUGCAUUUGAAAUAAGCUCUGUGCGAUUGCCAAAAUUGACCGUAGCGUGCAAUUCUAUUUCUGUAACUAUUUCUCCGCAGCAGCAGAGUGCAUGAUAACUUUCCUGGUGUUUCACCUCCAGUGAUCCUCUGCUCUGCCCUGGAGGAAACACCUUUCAGAAGCAAUCCGGAAUUCCUCUUUGCUUGCCAUAUAAGGCUGAGAGAAAGGGUUCAGCUAUUAGUAGUAAUAUCUACCGUGUAGAUACCUGCUUGUUAAAACUUGUGGUAGAAUUUUUUUUUCUCAAGUUCCAAAGCAGCUGUUACGUUUAUGAUGAAAGUUUCAGUGCUAUGGUCGGCUCAAUUAAAGCAGAGGUCCAGUGAUGAUUUACUGUGCGUUAUGCUGUUGGGAGAAAUUUAGGCCUUUAUCCAUUGUGUGAAGUUGUACAAAGGACGCUAGUUCUGCAGCAAAAUGUCGCUCGUGCCUGUCAUUAGCUUUGUCAGAUCAUUCAAGAUGGUUCUCGUGACUUUCUCUCCACUAACUCACCAAUCUCACAGGCUGUUGUUUUGUUGAACAAAACUCAGGGGGAAGGCUUAGUCACUUCAUUUGUAUUUGCGGGCUUUGUGUUUUUCUGGCCUGGCUUGUCUCUUUUCUGCUCCUCUUGGUUCAUUUGAAUGUGAUCACAUAACUCAGCAUGCCAGAGUGAAAGAAGACUUAAGUGAGUUCGGUGUCCGCAGAGUAUUUGCAUUUUAAAAUACUGCUGGGCAGGUCGGUGUUCUGUAGUGUUUGCUGGUCAUUUGGGUAUGUGGAGUGUGCCAUCACAGAAAACAGAUGUGAAAGACGCAUUGAGAAGUCCCCUUAUCUUUCCCUGUUACCUGCCUCAUGAGGCUGCCUGGUAUCCUGAAUAGUUUCAGUCACCAGAGGGUCAGGUACCCCACUUCAGUAUGCUUCUGAAUGAGUUGUUGAUAACAUGUGCCUCUGACAGGGUGGGUACUCAUGUGCUGGAUUGCACUUUGCUUCCACCCUAGCUGCAGUUUCUCGUAUUCUACAGAAAUGUAAAGGAGUCAUUUGGCUUCAGAAUGUUCUCUAGCAUUACAGUUUUGUUAGCUCACGUUUUGCUCGAUGACAAAGGUUCGGUGGCAAAAGUUUUUGAGAGUAAUAGCAGAAAGUAACUGUUCCAUCAGGUAGCACGUUUGCUUGCACAUAGUAGCUGUGAGAUUUUAUACACAGGCUUUUAAGGUGGAACAAAAUCCUGUUAAAAUCUAAUCCAUAAUGUGGAUGUCACCUUGCCCUGCUAGCAGUGGGUGAGGGUGAAAACUUAAGCCAUGCUCUUUGUGACUGGGGAGGAGCUGAGGCAAAAGGUAUAUAGGAAGGUAUACAGUGUGAUGUUAUGGUAGUGUUGUGCCCGUAACAGUGUACAAAGUACACCUAGGUGAUAUUUGAUUUUUGUUUAUCAGACUGAGGUGAUAACUGCUGCAUGUAUGAAAAACCUAUGCAGGUUUACUUUGCACAAUCCCUUAAAAUACCUAUAUGUGCUCACUUUAAUUACUUACACCUUCAAUUUUUUCUCUGCCACAACUCUGAAAAUAGGGCCAAUAAGAUAGCAUUGUCGUGAGGGAGAGUCAGCAUUUAGGAUACUCUAGUAUUGCUGCACAAAUAAGUCUUAGUGCUUAAAAAUAUAACUUGAAACCAGAAUUUAAGGAGCAUAUUAAUGUCCAUCUUGAAAAUUCAUUACAAGUGAAUGGCAGCUAACUUGCAGUAAAGAGGAGGAGAAAUUAAUAAAAAUACUAAAGCAUAACUGAUCUAAUUGGCAAGCGUGACUGAGGUAUUUGCAGUGGAGGAAAGUAAAUCUGAUUUUGUGAAACAUUUAAGCAGAUAACAAUCUGGCAACAGUUUUGUUCGCCUGUGGAAUCACCAUUAUAAAUCCAAACAGAACCUAGAAAGAAAGUUAAGGGUGAGCAACAAGAUCCACAGCUUCUAACAUGUGGCCGAAGAAAUUUAAUUGAGUACAGUGCAGUCUAAUGGACUUAGUGUUUGGGUAAUUAUUUGGAUGCAGUGAUUGGUCCCUCAUAACCAAAAAUUUGGGGUUAUUAGACAGUUGUCAAAAAAUUGUAUGAGUAUUUAUUCAUGGAGUUUGAGACUUGCUUGAAAAAGGAGAGCUACUGUGUUCAAGAAUGCAUUUCUUUGCUUUGCUGAUGGACUAACCUGUUCCUUUUUCACUAACUAACUGGGAUAGUCUUCUCUUCUGUCGUUUAAAAUGCACUGGAAACAAGAAGCUGUACUGAUUUUUUUUUUUAUUUUUUUUUCCCCCUUUUAAACUUAUUCGGAGUACUUUUACUGAAUGGUUCCAGGUACACUCUUCUGUAAACAGAAGUGUGCCAAGUCACAGAUCUGCUUUGGGUUGUUAAGCCAGUCAUUUCACAGCUAGUGAAGCUCAGGGUCCUAUGGAUUGGCAUGAUGCCAUUUUACCAUGGCAAAACCCGAUGAUGUGUAUGUUACAACACCUAACCAAGCUUUUCAAGUCUCCUGUUUUUCUCUACUUUGUUAAGUUGCAAACUUGGUGCAUCUGAUAGCAUAGCAGUCUCAGGAAAUUGAAGUUUGCAGGCUGCUGAACUGUUACAGUGUGGGUCGUAGCAAUAUCCUCUUCCCUCUUAUGUCCCACAGGCUACUUCAUCACUGGUUUGAUGUGAAAGUAGAUGAUCCGCACAUGAAAUACAAUCCUUGAAUUAUACACUAACAUAAUGAAUGGUAAUGCAUUGUCCCUUUGGGUGUUCAUGGGGUAGAUACUCUCUUAGUGCCAUCAGCUCUCAAGCUACCGAGAAGUUGUCUUCUCUUUAUCUGUGCUACCUUUUGGCAGACUUAACUGAGCUGUGUGUAGGGGAACAAAGACAUCUGGGAGACAAUGAAGGAAAAGAACAGGAUCGGUUGUCUUUGUAGAUCCUAAUGUAACUAAUUUAAUAAAGUAUUUCUGAACCAAGUUGAAGUAAGUAUUAAGGUUUGCCUAUUAUAAAAUCUGCCUGUAAGAUAGGAAGGGAAGUUGUGGCUGUAGUUACCUGAUCACAGUCUCUCUGUUGAAACAGCCAGCAUGUGGGUACUAAUUGUAGUGCUGGUUUCUCUCAAGUGCACUGAGAUCGCUAGCUUCUUUCUCACAGGGCACUGAAUGAUCAUUAAAUGCUAAUGACUUUUGAUUACUGUUGACCUCGGUCAAUUUAGAGUUAGUGACCUAGAGAUGAAAACCACUGUAUCUCAUUACCAAUUUCCCGAGCUAUCUGAUCUUUCCUUUGUAGGUCAGAUUUGAUAAGAGGCAGAAUAGAAUUAAAGUUGACCUCUGUCUUGGAAAAGGGGUUGAAUGCUUUCAGGUUUGCAAUAUUGUGCUUAGAAGCAGCAACAACAACAACAAAAGGAAGCAGCUACUAGGAAGAAACUUAUCUUUUUGACCCCAUGGAUUCUAAAGAGCAAAACUUAUCACUUCUAAUAGGAAAAAAAAAAAAAAACAGCCUAUCACCUGUAACCUGGUGUUGUAGGUUUUUGUAGUUGCAGGUUUUCUCAUCUCAAGCAUCCAUUUAUAAUUCUUGUUCUUACUUUGAGCUAUGAAGCAGCAAAUGAAUAUUUAUAGAAUAAAUUGCAAACUCUGCUCUGAGAUGUUUUCUACCUGCAGUUCCCAAACUAUGCGUGGGAUGGUAAAAUCAUGUAUUUCGUGUUGUGAUGAAGCAUUUCACUUAAUUUCUUUCCAUAUGCACAGAAGAGAAUGUGUCAUAAUUCACUGUUAUUGUUCACUGUAGACUCUUUAAAUGUAUGGGUUUUUUUAUACAGUUGUGGUUUCUAUAGACUGCCAUUCAUACAGCAUAAUGAAAAUGCGUAAUAAAUUUAAAUAUUUUUUCUUACUUUAAUAUGCUUACUUUAAUAAGCUGCAUUUACUUUUAUCAAACUGAAAACAAAAUUUCUAACUUUAAAAGCAAAACUCCACAGUGAAAAAAAGAAGUCUUUUGGAGUUAUUUUAGUAUGUUUGGGGAAGAAAUAGUCAGUUACUGAAGCUCUCACUGUGGUUAAAUCGUAGAGGAGAAGCAGCUAAGGAAGAACAUAAUGAAAAAUGACAGGAGGAGAUGUUGCACUUGGUUUGAGCCAGGCCUAAAUUGGUGAGCCAGCCGAAAUACGCGUGCAGGGAAGGAGGAUGUUUCUGAUGAAAUAAAUAUGGGGAUAAAUGUUAUUCUUAUAUACUGUGUUUUGAUUUGAUUGCUUUGUCUCAAACAUGACAUUGCUGUAAAAACUGAAAGGGGGCAGUGAAAAUGUCUGCAGGUAGAAAAAAGGCAUAUUAAAAAGAUGAAGGUUGUCUUGGUAGGGAGGUCAAUAAGAAAUGUUGUGCAGCGAUGUGGCCCAUAUGCUAGCAAAUAAUACAAGAAUGUGAAAAUAAAAGGCAAUUUUAUUCUCUGUUCUUCUAUUUUAUAAAAGUUUGUAUUUAGCUGUUGGCUGGGAUGCUCAGAACUCCCUGCAUUUUGUUUCCUUUCAAGCACUAAGAGCAUUUAUGGGGGGGGGAAGUAAAAACAUCUUUGUGGGUAAAAUUAUUCUGAGGAUUUUAAUCUUCAUACUUUAAAACAUAAGAUUAUCAGUAAGCAGAGUUGGGAAGAAUAUUUGUAAACAAGCAUUUUGCUUGUUUAGCUUCUAGCGUUGGUGCAAGAUGCAAUUCUACAGUGAUGCUAUUCUGAGAAUGAAAUGCUCUAUAUUUUCUUUUUACCAUGUAUUCAAACUUCUUUGAUAGCCGUCACAAUGUUACCCAUCUUUGUCCCUGCUUGUAGUCGUAUUUUUUUUCCAAGGGAAUACUCACUGAGUGAGACUUAGGGACCAACUUUUUGGUGCAACAGACAGAAACAGUUACAGUCCUGGUUUGUUUCAGUGCUGACUAUCAGAAACUUGAGAGAGCGAGGCCGCUGGAAGUUUCUGUCAACUCUAACGUGCUUUUUUACUUGAGGAAAUCAAGAAUAGAGCUGUCAGUCCCAUUUCCAAGUGAGCAUUUUUACACAGAAGGGUUGGGGUGGGGUGGAUUCUUCCAAGUGACUAAAUAAUUCAUAAAUAGUUAAACAGUGUUAAGCUCCUCAGCUGUGUGGGUUGGGUUUCUUGGUUUUAUUGUUUGCUUUUUUGCUCUUUGGACUCGUACACAUCGUUUUCUAAUUAGUAUUUAGAGUGAGCUUAAAAGCAAUGUGAAGUAGCAGCAGACAGGUAGAUCUGUUAAAUAUUGAGUUUGUAUUUAUUUUGGUUAAUAGAGAUGUACCAUCUGAAACUUGCUUCAUUGGGGAAUCCAGAAUCUAAACAAAGAAUUUUAAUAAUGCAUAGGUAUAAUAACAACCAAGGAAAAGACUUGGCAACUUUACAGAGAAAGAAAUAUAUGCAUUUUUGUUUUGCCGAGUUGGAAUUUGUUUCACAGCUCAGAAUCUGCACCAGCCUGCUGGGAAUUGAGAUGAAGUCUUGGUUUUUAGGGAAAAUGUCCACUUCAUGUUUCUACAUGAAGAACAGAGCUCUAAAUAUGAGAUAGAGGAAAAGCACAACCAAUGGAAGAAAAAAAUGGAAAAUUUGGGGUACGCUUGCUAUUGCAGAAGGAAGGAGUGAUGUAAUAUGAGGAAGAGUGCUCCCAUCAACCCUGGAAAUUCAAUGAUUUCUCAACUGUGAGUUACCUUUAGCAAGGCGUAAAUAUAUAUGUUAUAGCACCUAGCACUGUGUGCAGUGUGAUUCCUGUGACAACCUUCCCAAUGGUUUCACGGCAUGUUGUGGUCUUAAAGGAUAAUUAGAACUGGGAAUGUAGAUAUAUUACAUGCAUUUGGAUUUAAACUGUAAAAUUAAUAAUCCUUUUUGGUUUUGAUGGUUUGUUUUUUAAACUUUUUUAGCCAGGAGCUGAUUUCCAAGGGCUUGUAACUUGCCCCGUAUCUUAUGAAAGUAGGUGAAAAUGGAUGCAUAGUAGCUCAGCCUCACAAUGUAGCCUUUUGCUAAAUUCCUCACAUCUGACAUAUAGAAUUUUCAUUAGGCUUGUGUUAAGAUUUAAGCAUGGAAUUUCCUCCACCCUUUAACUUAAUACUUCUGGUUUCAUUACUUUGCUUGCAAGCUAAUGUUGGUGUCUCUGAAGAAUUAUAUUUCAUUUCUUUCUAAGUCAAGUUUAUAAAGUUCCUUUCUGUUAAUAUAUAAUUAGUGAAGAAAAAUGAAAAUUGCUGGAGAAAAUGAGGAACACAUCGUAACAAGCUUUCGGAAAUGGAUAGAGCUUUGAGUGAGAGGUGGUCAGUUUCCUUGAUCCUCUCAGCAGAGACAGACUGCUUUGAACUUGAGGUUUUGACUUGGCUUUCAACAGGGCACACAUCUGAGCGUGCUUCUACUGAUGGCAAACAGCUGGAGAGUCAUUAACAGUAUGCAUAUAUUAAAAAAAGAAAACUGCUUUAUAGGAAAAUAGAUGGAAGUUGCCGCUAAAACUGGAAGAAUAGUGAGUGCAAGAAGCAGGGAUUCUUUCUGUGCUUUUCUUUUUCCACUUCACUUGAGACUAAGAACUGAUACGUGACGCUUUGUUUUGGAGCUAAUAAAGUUCAGUGGAAGGUGAUAUGAAGCCUGUUAAGAGGGUCAUAACUUUUUAGUAGGAACUUCUGGGGUCUCUUGUGGAAUCAUCAGUACUUUUCCAGUUGUAGCAGACCAGAUUUUGAUGGGUGGCUUAGGAAAUGACAAAGAUGACUGUUAGGCUUUUUAUCAACGGGUGUGAAGUUUGAUCUUUGGCUACAAGGGGUCUGACUGGCUUUUGGAUUUGGCAGAACAUACUUCAGCCACAGCUUUCCCUCUCCUCCUUCCCCAAGAGAGCACAUGUUUUCCAUUGUGUUUUUUGGAAGUUGAAGGUAUGGUUGAUUCCUGCUGGUUUACAUUUACUAGUAGUCUUUCCUAGGCUGACUUAACCAGUGGCUCUGUUGUUCCCUUUCUCUUCUGUAGCAUCCUGGUAAUUUUAUCUGCUUCGGGUAUAAUCUUUGGGCUUCCAUGGGCUGAACUGUUUGUGGGGACCUUGCUUCUUUUAUUCUAUGGGAUUAGGUAAAAUGGAUUUAUGGAAUGGAAAUGAGAUCUCCCAUAUGAAUCUCCUAACCUCGGCUAUCUUUCUCCUGCCAAUCACGGUGAUGAAAACUAGAUUUUCUGAUGUGUGGCUCUUCUGUAUCUUUACACUUUAUCCCCUGUGGAAUGGCAAACAGGUUGUUAUUGUAACUGGAAGAGAUGGAAGUUUACCUAAGGAGGGGGAAAAACACUUGCACAAAUCCAAGAAUACUUUGUAUUUCCAUUAUACAUUCUUUGCUGUGAGCAAUUGUAAACAUCCCAUGUGUGGGAUGAGUUUCUUUUCCUUUACCCCUUCUUUUACCUUCACAAUUCAACAUGACAAACAUGGUUAGUUUCUGUCCCAAAUGAACCUGUCACAGAUCAAAAAGAAAAACAAGUGAGAGAGUAAAAAAUGGAAAGAAAAGCUUGCUAGGAAAUAUUUCUUUGGAAACUGCAUAACCUGCCUCUCCAUCUAUUUAGGAACAUGUCUGUACUUCUCAGCCACACCAGGUAUAACCCAGCAUUUUCUUUUAAAUUACCGGACAGAGGAGAUAGAUGCGUGUCUGGAAAUAAUAUCUUAUCAAACCACUGCAGCCAAAUCUUGUGAUGGCCACUGCCAGUGUUUUUACUGAGUGCUUAAUGUGGAGUUAUCUCUCAAGGAGACCUAAUAAUCUUUGCAGUAGCUACACUUAGGCUUUACAUUUCUGAGAUUGCUUGAGCCACAGCUAUAGCUCUGUAACACAAUUGCAAUGUUUUUUCAGUAAAUAGCCUGAGUAGCAUCUCUGUGCUUCAGUUUAAGUCAGUGGCAGACUCUGACAGGGAUUCCUGCAAGGUCAACUGUUUGUCCACCAGCCUUCGGUGAAUUUUUUAUUUCUGUGUUGUGCUCUCGUCCAGCAAAAUUAAUUAAUGGCUGAAGUUGCUUGAAGAGCAAAGGGGAUUUUUUUCUUUAGAAUUUGAAAAUAAUUGUGAAAUGAUGCUUGAAUUGUCAACACAUCCAGUGUUUUAAGGUGGGAAAUGUUGACACGUAAUACUUUUAUUAUGCUUUGCCUUUUAUUUUUAAUGCUCUUGACCUUCUACUAAGGAAAUCUGAUCUAAAUUUAAUUCUAGGUAAACUAACAACUGAAAAAAUAGUUUUUUUUUAAUUUAAAUGACUUCAUUGGCGUAUCUUAUAUUUAUUUCAGAAAGUAUUUGUUAAUAAAAUCAGAAUAUGUUUGCUUCUUAAGAAAUACUUUCUGCCUGUGAUUCAUAAAUUGGUCAGACUAGCGUUGAACGCUUAGAAACGUUGAUUAAGUGUAUUCACUCCGAUUUGCUUUAAUCUGAUUGCACAUGUAGAAGUUCUCUUCUGAUGUGAUGCAGCCACGUCUUACAUAAACUGGCCUAAUUAAUGCUACUUAGUCAUUUGGGACCACUGUCAAAAGCUAUUACAUUGUCUAGAAACAUAAGGAGUUAAAGCUAAAGCUGUGACCUCAUCUCUAUUCAUGUUACACUGGAGUAGAAACUGCACGGAAGGGAAUUGUUUAACUGUGUCGCUGUCUCUGCUACUGCUGAUCUGCUUUCAUUUGGUUCCGAUAUAUAUAGUGUGCUGUUUCUGAACAACUGCCACAGUAGGGAUUUGUGGGACUACUAGAUGUGUAUGAAGUCAUGCUAAUACGAAUUGCAUGUGGAAAUAGCUCCUACAGAAACAUUUGGGCUCAGAGAUGUCUCUCUACCUGAUUUCCAGAUUUUAUCCCUUCUCCUGUGAAAUCCAGGCAGCAUCAAAGAGAGCUAAAACACACGGGUUUUUAGCCAGUCAUGCGCUUAUGUAACUGUGUGUGCAGUUUCCUUUCUUACUUAGCACUGCGUGCUAAAUGAGGAGUGCAACUGCUGUCGCUUUAAUGUUGGAGCCGCGUACGUUACAAUAGGUGUCACUGUGUGGCUGAGUCCAAUCGUUAUCAGUGACUUCAGCUAUUGGCUCUGGAUGCUGGCUGACUCCAUCUGCAGGGCUGGAAUAUCUAGUCGCUUUGGAUCCGUUCAUCACACAAGUUGAGCUCGCUGAGCGAGCGAGCAGCGCUACGGCACGUCUUGCUAGCCUCGGUCGGGAGGCUGCUGCUACAGCCGCGCGUGUGCCUCUGCGCUGGGUGUGCUGCUUUCCAGUGGUUCACAGUCAGGAGAUCUGGGAAGAAAUAAAACUGGCAGAAAUGAUGGGGAUGUAUUUAACAAUUCAAGUACUGGAUCAAACUUAAAGCCGGUUUCUUACUCGGAAUGCUGGAAAGGUCACCUUGUCUUGCUGGAAGAGAAACUCUCUCCUCUGCUGCUCUGUGUUUAACAGCUUACACGUGCAUUUUUUAAUGGUCUUAGCUAGUCAGGUUAUCUAGCUAUACAGACAAGUAUACUCAUGGUAGAUGAGAAAGGAAAGAACAUGAAAUGUCUCACCUUUUUCUUGAUGCUUCCAGAGACGGUCAAGAACAGGUCCAAGAAGAGCUCUAAGAAGGGAAACAGCAACAGCAGCAGCAGCAAAUUGCCUCCAGUUUGCUAUGAAAUCAUUACCUUGAAGACCAAAAAGAAGAAGAAGAUGGCUGCUGAUAUUUUUCCCCGAAAGAAACCAGCCAACACUAAUACAACUGCUGUCCAGCAGUACCACCAGCAAAAUCUCAAUAACAACAACACUAUUCCAGCGCCGAACUGGCAAGGACUUUAUCCGACCAUCAGAGAGAGAAAUGCAGUGAUGUUCAACAACGACUUGAUGGCAGAUGUUCAUUUUGUGGUCGGGCCACCAGGUGGGACCCAGCGGCUGCCAGGACAUAAAUAUGUCCUGGCUGUUGGGAGCUCUGUAUUCCAUGCGAUGUUCUACGGAGAACUUGCUGAGGACAAAGAUGAAAUCCGUAUACCAGAUGUUGAGCCUGCUGCUUUUCUCGCAAUGCUGAAAUACAUAUAUUGUGAUGAAAUUGAUUUGGCUGCAGAUACUGUCCUGGCCACUCUUUAUGCUGCCAAGAAGUACAUCGUCCCUCAUCUUGCCCGUGCCUGCGUCAACUUCCUAGAAACAAGUCUAAGUGCGAAGAACGCAUGUGUGCUGCUUUCCCAAAGCUGCUUAUUCGAGGAACCUGACCUGACCCAGCGCUGUUGGGAAGUGAUUGAUGCCCAAGCCGAGCUAGCUUUGAAGUCCGAGGGCUUCUGUGACAUUGAUUUUCAGACACUUGAAAGCAUUCUCCGAAGGGAGACUCUGAAUGCCAAAGAAAUUGUUGUUUUCGAAGCAGCUCUGAAUUGGGCCGAAGUGGAGUGUCAGCGACAGGAGCUAACUGCCACCAUAGAGAAUAAGCGCAAAGUCCUCGGAAAGGCUCUGUACUUGAUACGUAUCCCUACCAUGGCACUCGACGACUUUGCAAACGGCGCUGCGCAGUCUGGGAUUCUGACUCUCAACGAAACCAAUGAUAUCUUCCUUUGGUAUACGGCUGCCAAAAAGCCGGAGUUACAGUUUGUAAGCAAGCCCCGGAAAGGCCUUGUUCCUCAGCGGUGCCACCGUUUCCAGUCCUGUGCUUACCGCAGCAACCAGUGGCGUUACAGGGGCCGGUGCGACAGCAUCCAGUUUGCUGUUGAUAAGAGAGUGUUUAUAGCUGGCUUUGGGCUAUACGGCUCCAGCUGCGGAUCAGCAGAAUACAGUGCCAAGAUUGAACUCAAACGACAAGGAGUUAUCCUAGGCCAGAACUUGAGUAAAUAUUUCUCGGAUGGUUCUAGUAACACUUUCCCCGUGUGGUUUGAAUAUCCGGUACAGAUUGAGCCUGACACCUUCUACACAGCUAGCGUGAUUCUGGAUGGUAAUGAACUCAGCUAUUUUGGACAGGAAGGAAUGACAGAAGUUCAGUGUGGGAAAGUGACUGUUCAGUUUCAGUGCUCUUCGGACAGUACAAAUGGCACAGGGGUACAGGGAGGGCAAAUUCCUGAACUCAUAUUUUAUGCUUGAAUGUGUGGAGACAAAGCAUUUUUUCCUAUGAAAAACCUGUCUAGUUCAGACCUACUGACGCUUAGCUUUUUAUCUGCAGAUACGUGAUCAGUACAAGUUACUCAUCACAAACGCUAUAGGCGAGUUACUGGCUUGCAGUACUUGUAGCAUCAUUGGUGAUGAAGUUUAAGUGUAAUAUUUAACUUUAAACUGGAGGCUCUCUUAAAAAUAAGCAAGUUUUGAAUGCUUAGUAAGAGAGGUACCUGUUUGCUGGUGAUGCCAACCCUUGAUUUGAUGCACCUGUGAAUCACCAGAGGAUGCCCUUGUAUCUCGUGGGUUCUAGAACUCCUUCCACUAAAUGCUGUCAUCUUUGAUCGGUUUUCUCUUUUUCCAUUUCCUGCUCUUUGCUUGUAACUAUUUGGGGAGACGGGUAGAAAACAAGGAGCCUUGUUUUAUAGCUCUCUUCUGUCUGCUCUUCAAACUGAAGAGAUUUCAGUCAGCUGAGCUGAUUUUGAUCAUGGAAGCUAACAGAAGUGCUUCAGUUUUAAACAGAAAAAGUAUAGGUUUAUACCAUCAUCCUCUGAGAUUCUGCUGUGGCCAGCUGUUUGAGGAAGCUACGCAGAAUGCUGACCACAAUGCAUGGACACGUUUACAGGGAGUGAGGAUUUGGGCUUGGUAAGUGACCCUUAGAGUUCAUAUUCCAGGAAUCACACCUAGAAGGCAAGGAACUACUUGCACAUGUUCAGAUUACAUACGCAAGUUGAGACCUCGACUCUCUUGACCUAAUUUUGCUACAUUGAAGUUGAUUUGCUAUUUAAAUUGCUUUUCUUCGAAUCCUCACUAAAUAAACAGGAGUUAAUAUCUAGUGUUUGAUGUAGGACAGUUUUAUGUUUUUCUUCUUUCUAAAUGUUUUAGAAGCAUGUUGUAGAGAAACAAAAGAAUGUACUGGUCUCAGCUUAGACUUUUUUUUUUCUAUAAUAUGAGAACUUAGAGAGAGACAAGAUUCCCAUCUGUGGUGAUAUUACAGUUAGUGUAUAUCAUUAGAUAAAAGUAAGGGGGAUCUCUUACAACUGUUUAUGCAGAAUCUUCACUUUAUCUGAGUCUUCUCUCAAGCUUCCUGUCGUAUGUCCAUCAACUCUGGAAAAGUAUUAGGGUUCACAGCUCUAUCUGGGAAGGAAAUAAGUAUAACUAACAGAUGGAGGUACUAUUUAAACACAAGAAAAUCUUUCACCCUUGCAUUGUGACGCUUCCAUCUCAGAGGGACGCUAUUGUAGUAUAACUCAUUUAAGCUCUGAAGUGGGUUCUUUUUUGUGUGUAUGUUUUAACAAAAUGAGAGGACCAAAUGAUUAUUUAGACAGUCUGAAGAUUAAUAUUAUAUCAAUUCAUUAAUGUAGCACAACCCUAAAUUGACUUGUCAGUUUUGUAAUGAAAAUCUUUUUCCCAUAUGAUUUCUUAUCAGUUUGACACUAUUACUCUUAAGUGUUUCAUGACAGUUGGAACCCUAGCCUCUGGCCAUUGUUAAGUGCCAAAACAUCUUUGCAGUGUCCAAAAUAUCAUCUGAGAUGAGAAAAACUGGAGAGUAGAUUACAAAUACUUUAUGGCCAAAGCUCAGCUCUUUCCUCUAGGUAAUAAAGGAGGGCCAAGUGAAAAACCACCCUACAAGAUCUAUGCCUUUCACCUAUCUUACUGUCUAGUGUCUUAUAUACAUUCAUGCGUGUGUGUGUGGAAGCAACAUUCCUUCUGAAAUGUAAAUACCCUCAAAAUAUGGUGAUUUUUUUUUUUAACAGAUGUACAUAAUCCAGACUUACUGAAAUUUAAACAGAAUGGUCCAUGGAAAACUCACAGAAAGAGAUUUUAAAACAGCCUCCAGUUAAAUAUAUUUAGAUGUGCAGCUUAAAAUAAACAGGAAUGUGUGGACUGGAGAAAGAAUUCCUGAAGAGACUGCAAAAAGGAAUCUAAGAUUGUCUUGAGGUAAUGGUCAUCUGCCUGGAGAGAACAUUUGAGCUGCAAUUCCAUUUAUUUAAGUACACUGGGAAGCAGAGCAAGGCACUAAUCAGCUGGCUAAAAUUUCUUACAGCAAGUGGUUGACAUGUAAUAAUUCGAGGUGAAUAUCAGAUUGACAAGCUGCUUGCAGUAGCAAGUAGCAUUCUGAGUUUGGGGAGGAAAAAAAUGAGGUGCCUCAGCUGUUGGGACAAAUCAGUACUGCACUGCUAUAACUAAAGUGGUUCCCACUUCUAAUUUUGUUGGGUUUUUUUUUUUUUGCUUGUCUGCAAAUAAAGGUAAGCUGUCUGCGACAUUGGCUGUAUAGCUGUAUAAAAUUAGCUAUUAUUUAAUUAUUUUUAUUUGCUGGUUUUAUUAAAUUGUUUUGACGAAGCAGGAUGAAAGCUACCUCUAGCUUAAUUCCUCUGAGUCCUUUCCAGGUUUUAGGAGCUGCUGCAUGGAAAGUUUUUUUUUUAAUGUGGAUCAAUAAACAUAAGCACUCUGAAACAGCUUUUGAGCUUGAUUGUGAGCCCUGCUUGAUGCUGACAGGUGCUGCUGUAUUGAGAAGGUGGCUAGUUGUAGUCCCUUUAGGAUGUCCAGGCACUUAAGUAGGUGUCCACGUGUGGAUUUGGUCAGUUUAGCAGUAGUAUCUAAGCUUGAACACACUGAUGUUUGCAAGCAUCAGCUGUACCAACCUGGAGUGUAAGCAUGUCAGUGGAGAUAACUUUUGGUAGAUUGUCUUCAACUGUAUCUGGCCACCUUUGCUACUUAUAGGUUUGAUUUUUCUGGGUAGGGGAAUCUGUGAUAGAGAGUAUAAUGUAAUAUACUUUCUGCAUAUCUAAAGUAGUAUUUAAGUAAACAUUUUAAUUUCUACAUGCUUAUUGCACUGAACUGAUUUAUUUGUUGUUGUUUGUUUUGUUUGGAUUUGUUUUUUGUAAUUAAAUGCAGCUAACUUCAGGUAACAGCACCCGUCUGUGCUGGAGCAGUGUUGACUUUGGCAGGCUUACAGCAUUAUUUAUAAAGGACAGAUAUAUAAAUAUGAAGUACCUCAUGUUGAAUGUUAUUGUACUGUAUCUUCAAUGUCACAGUGCAGAUCUUGUUGGACUCAUGAAUGUGUAUAAUCGCAUUAAACCUACGAAUAAAAAUGGUUCUUAAAUGUU